AUGGACGGCCGCCCGCCUCUCGACAACCGCGCCUGCGUCAACUGCAUCUCCAAGCUGUCGCCCAGCGAGGUCUGCCAGGUCAACUGGCAUGUCGACACCGACAACGCGUGCAGGCUGUGCGCCGUGCGGGAUCUCAAGCCCGAGGCCUUCACCAAGCCCUUUUGCGACUUCUUGCGCGAAAACCCCACCGUCUUCCAUACCGUCGAAUACUUCAAGACGAAGCUUAGCCAAUCCGGCUACGUAGAGCUCCCUGCGCGCGACUCCUGGGCCGACAAGGUCCAGCCCGGCGGCAAGUACUGGGUCACCCGCAACGGCAGCUCCCUCAUCGCCUUUGCCGUCGGAAAGUCCUACAAGCCCGGCAACGGCGUCGGCAUGAUCGCCGGCCACAUCGACGCCCUGACAGCCAGACUCAAGCCCGUCAGCAAGAAGCCAACCGCAGCCGGCUACAUCCAGCUCGGUGUCGCCCCCUAUGCCGGCGCUCUCAACCAGACGUGGUGGGAUCGAGACCUGAGCAUUGGCGGCCGCGUCAUUGUGCGCGAUGAGAAGACGGGCAAGACCUCCAGCAAGCUUGUCCAGCUGGACUGGCCCAUUGCAAAGAUCCCCACGCUCGCGCCGCACUUUGGCGUCGGCAUGAUGGGUCAGAACAACGCGGAGACGCAGGCGGUGCCGAUCAUCGGUCUGGACAGCUCUGACGGCUCCAGCUCCGAGCUGCUUGGCUCUUCCGGUUCCUUUGCCAACACGCAGCCGCCGAAGCUGGUCAAACUCAUUGCCAAGGAGCUGGGCAUCACAUCAUACGACUCCAUUGUCAGCUGGGAGCUCGAGCUGUUUGACUCCCAGCCCGCCACCGUCCUCGGCCUGGACAAGGAGUUCAUCACCGCCGGAAGAAUCGACGACAAGCUGUGCUCGUGGUCCGCCCUCCUGGGUCUCCUUCACUCCACGGAGCGGGACUCGGACAGCUACAUCAAGCUGGUGGCCCUGUUCGACGACGAAGAGGUCGGCUCGCUGCUGCGGCAGGGCGCCCGAGGCAACUUCCUUCCCUCGACGGUCGAGCGCGCCGUCGAGGCCCUCAACCCCACGACCUACGGCCCCGGCCUCAUCGGCCAGACCUUUGCCAAGUCGUUCCUCCUGUCCGCCGACGUUUCCCACGCCGGCCACCCCAACUUCCUCGGCAACUACCUCCCCGAGCACGUCCCCAAGCUCAACGUGGGCCUCGUCGUCUGCAGCGACAGCAACGCUCACAUGACCACCGACGCCGUCUCCACCGCCAUCAUGCACCGCGUCGCCGACCUCUGCGGCGCCAAGCUGCAGGACUUCCAAAUCAGAAACGACUCCCGCAGCGGAGGCACCGUGGGCCCCAUGCUGUCGAGCGCCAUGGGCGUCCGAAGUUGCGAUGCAGGGCUCCCCCAGCUCUCGAUGCAUUCAAUUCGCGCCACGACGGGCGCGCUGGAUCCGGGAUUGGGUGUCCAGUUCUUCAAGGGCUUCCUUGAUUUCUGGGAGCAGGUUGAUGGCGAGUGGGAGUAA